UCGAAGCCAAGUGUCUUCAAAACAUAACUCUUUUUAUUACAAACUUCCAAACUACUCCUCGUUUUCCAUCAGUCCCACCCUCAUGAGCUACCUAUCCCAGUCCAGAUCCAACCACACACGUGAUAUCGCGUCGCUUACGCGCCUCCCACACCACUCCCACCAUCAACCACCCAGACACGCACAACUCACCAUCAACGCGCCGCAAUCCGCCAGGGCACAAAACAGGCCAUGAACACCCAGCCCGCAAAGCCGCGACAUGCCCACCGACGAUGAGCCCUGACGCAACCGAUGACGACCCUGCCCGUGCUGUACCCGAGCCACUGUCAUGGGCUGAGCCCGACCCUGGGACGCUGGUGCCCACUGCGCGCCGUGGACGUGUUUGCGCUGCGCGAGGUGGCGGAGUAUGAAGGGCAGGGGAUUUACUUUCACCUCAACCACCCUAUGAAAUGGGUGCGUCUCACUGGGAUUAUCGUCGCGAUGGACGAAUUCUAUAACCGCGUCUGCAUCACCAUCGAUGACGGCAGCGGCGCCACAAUCGAAGCUACAUGUCUCGCACCCCCCCGGUCGGAGGCCACUGCCACAGUAGCAGCCAUCGCAGUCUCCACCGAGCGCCCAGCAGACGACGCGAUGGUCUCCCCCGACGGCCCGAAGCUGCGUGGCGUGGAUAUCGGCAAAGUGGUGAAGGUGAAGGGGGGUAUCAGGGAGUUUCGCGGCGUGAGACAGCUGGCUAUGAAGGCGAUUGUUAUACUGGGGGAUACGAGGGCGGAGGUGGGGGCGUGGAGGGAGGGGGUCAGGUUUAGGGAGGACGUGUUGAAGGUUCCGUGGGUGGUGACGGGGGAGGAGGAGAGGAGGUGUAGGGAGGAGGCUGAGGGCGAGAAGUGGAGGGUCGAGGAAGAGGAGAGGCGGAAGAGGAGGAGGGAGAGGAGGGCGAAGCGGGAGAAGUAUGAUGGUGGAGAGGGGAAGGAGAAGAGAGGUAGGAUGGAGAAGGAGAAGGCGGAAGCUAAGGUGGAGGAAGAUGCCGCGGUAGUGAAGGCGCCCAGCGAGAAAGAGAUAAAAGCGAGAGAGGAACGGGAGAAAGCGAGACGAGCGAGGGCUAUACAGCGACUUGUUCGCUCCCGUCCGGAGGAGGCAGGGAAGUACGCUGCUCUUGGUUUCUGACAGUGAUGUACGGCCUGGAUGGCGUUAUUGGGCUUGUAUGUUAUAUGGGCGUACAGUAACACACGGUAUUGUCAGAAUAGGAUAGAUACCCAGAAAUGAUAAAAUAAUGAUUCCCCCA